UCAGUUUUAAGUAUACUUUGUCCUUAAUAAGUACCUUUGUGGGAUAGUGAUUGACCAUACGGAGUCGAGUCUUAGAACGUUUUGAUAAAAAGUGAUAAAAAAGUGUGGCAGAGGCCUAUGACAUAUUCUGUGUGCUAAAUUCCCAGCAAUUCUUGUAGUUUGUUAGCUCUCCUUUCAUAAUGGUUACCCGCAUUUGAUUUUCUUUCGAUCCCAACGGUACUAAAUCUGUUAAAGAGGGUCAGCGGGUUAAGCAGACGUAAACAAGACAACGGAUUGGGGUGCUAAUCCAGCCCAGCUGUUGAUAACAACAUGAGAAGUUGGCCCGCAAUCUAGUACAACGCCAACGCUGACGCAUAGUUCAGUCAUGGGUGUCUCCACGCCGUCGUCCACCUCCACGUCUAGCCUGGUCUCCACGGUCAGCACGCUGGCUAGUGGAUUGGCCCUAAAUGCCACUGCUGCUGUGAUGGGCAACUCUGCAACACCUCCAGCACACCCUAGCCCAGCAACUGCUGUGCAAACACCUCCUAUAUUCCUGCAGACGAAAGCUGCGCAGGUCAUUGCUGGAGUGUUUGUGUUUAUUGCCCUGUUUCUUACGUGCCAACAGAUCUAUCGGCACUUGCGAUGGUACACAAACCCAGCUGAACAGCGAUGGAUUGUUAGAAUUCUGUUCAUUGUACCAAUAUAUGCCCUUCAUUCAUGGGUCAGCUUGUUGUUUUUCAACUCUGAGAGCUAUUAUGUUUACUUUUUCACCAUCCGAGACUGCUAUGAAGCGUUUGUCAUUUAUAAUUUUCUGAGCCUAUGUUAUGAAUAUCUUGGAGGUGAAGGUAAUAUAAUGAGUGAAAUAAGAGGAAAGCCAAUUAGAUCAAGCCUGCUUUAUGGCACGUGUUGUUUGGUUGGGAAAACUUACACCAUUGGCUUCCUUCGUUUUUGUAAACAAGCUACAUUACAAUUCUGUCUUGUCAAACCACUAAUGGCAUUUGUCAUUAUCAUUCUACAAUCCUUUGGUCAUUUCCAUGAUGGUGAUUGGAGUCCUGACGGCGGGUACCUGUAUGUCACUAUCAUCUACAACAUUUCAGUCAGUCUUGCUCUCUAUGGCUUGUUCUUAUUCUAUUUUGCCACUCGUGAUCUCUUGACUCCAUUUGAGCCUGUACUGAAGUUUUGCACUGUCAAAUCAGUCAUUUUCUUUUCAUUCUGGCAAGGUGUGCUCUUAGCUGUUUUGGAGAAGGCAGAAGUAAUAUCCCCAAUUAUUGCCGGAGAUGUACAGCACAUCAAAGCUGGUACAGUGUCAGCAGGCUAUCAAAACUUCCUCAUUUGCUUAGAAAUGUUGGCUGCUGCUGUAGCCUUGAGGUAUGCCUUCCCAUAUCACAUCUAUGCUGGUUGCAUUAGUGAUGGUAGAGGCCGUUCAGUGACAAUGCAAAGCAUUUCAAGCAGUUUAAAGGAAACAAUGAAUCCAAAAGACAUCAUGACUGACGCUAUCCACAAUUUCCAUCCGCAGUACCAACAGUACACACAAUACAGUUCCGGUGGAUCUCAUGGCCCUCGCGGAAUGCGCAUCAACAGUUAUGACCCUGAUGAGGUACCUGGUGAGCAGCAAGGAAAGUCGACAUAUGGUGGGCAAGUGAAUAAUCAGCGAAACAAACCCUCAUCUCAACGGGUUGCAACAAUAUCGAAUCAGCACAAUGAAAAGACUAUGCUCUUGUCAUCUGAUGACGAGUUUCAAUGAACAUAUUUUUGCUUUGCUAAGCUUGUACUCUAGCAACUUAUGAUUGAAACAUUGACUACCUAAAUCUCUUUGUACCAUGUGUUGGUAACUUCUUGAUGAUUUUGCUUACUCUUUAAAACCUUGUGGUAAACAUCUUGAUCUUGCAAAUUUUUUUUACCACUUUAAAUAUACAAUGUUACUUUAGAGGUUUCUUGUUUUUGUUGGAGCUUACCAAGGAUCAAAGACUUAUUCAGGUUGUUUCACCUAAUGUGCCUUGGUUUUACUGAGUAGUGCAAGAUCAGCACAGCUCCAAGAAUGAAAUGUUCAUUUGCAUACAGUUUUCCUCUCACUGAAUCUCCUCUACAUUGUUGCAUACUUAGCCUUGCAUGAGACUGAAACAAAAUUGAUUUUUAAGUGUCUGUUUUUUAAAAAAUAAGCUAUCAGGUACCAGUACUUUCUUGUAGUAAGAUGUCAUCAAAUUUAGGAAAGUUCCUACUCUAAUCAACGCAGUUCAAUGUACCAUUCUGCACACAUAGCUGUGGUCAUUACGCCAUGCCUUACGCUAAGCCCAUUUCUGAUGUUUUUGUGUUUGGAGUACUUAUUUAUGUUUGCAAUUUGUUACCUGGCUCUGCUGAACAUGCUCAGCUUUCAGACGUUUUAAGAUGUAAUGAAGCAAGUAAUGAGGCUGAGUAUAUUUUACAUGUCAAUUUCUAUAUGUCUUGUUAACCACUUGUUUUUGAAGAAAACAAAUUUCUUGUUGUAAUUUUUUGAAGUACUAAUUGCUUGGUAGCUGGCUUUUGGCUACGUGAUCAUGGGCUAUGAUGGUUUACUUAUCUCUUUCUUGCUGUGUGUCUCCCCAUGAUCUAUACAAUCCAAUAUUCAACAUGUUGCUCCUUCAAUGUUUUGUAUGCACAUUCUUGGUGUCAUAUUACUCACUGUUGAAUUAUUAGUUUUCUCCAGUUGAGAUUUGCUUGGCAUGUUGAUUGGCCGGUAAGAAAGUGUGUAAUUAGUUACUGAGUAACCACAAUGCUUCAUUUGGCUUUUAUUGUUGUACUCUUUGAGAAUUUUUCCUGAGAGGCUAGUCAUAUAUAGGUCUGGUCAAGUAGACCAUGUUAUUGUGUUUUGUUUCAUUUUGUUGGGAAAAGGCCCAGAUGGAUCAUUGAAGUUACUCAGGUCGACGAUGUGAUUGUUAAAGGUAUUUUUCUAUUUCGUACAUACUGUUCUAUGUUAUGUGGAAGGUGGGUAAAAUGGCUUUAUGCCAAGAUUUCAAACACAUCACAAGAACCUCGCUUGAACAUAAAACAAAACAUCCAUUCAAAUAUGGAAUUAUAAGCUACAACAGAAUUGAUCUAUUUGCAAUUCUUGCUUUUAUAUGUAUAGAACGUUACCAUUCAUAAGUUGUGAUCUACUUUGGGACAGCCGUGAGCUCCCUCCUAGUAAUGCCAAAAUCUGUAGAGGUUUGUUGAAUGAAGAUUGGAAGUUGAGAAUUUUUCUUUAGUUAUUGUAUUUCUAUUGGGAAAGUUGAUUUUUGUGACAUUUGUGAUAAGUACAUAAUUUCCUAAGAGAGGGAACUUUUUAAGAAAAUUCCUAUGUUUCCUUUUUUUAAUUUUUUAUUGAAUAUUUUGUUAUGGUUCACCUUGAGUUUUAUCAUAUUUAUGUGUUAAAGACUAUUCUGAUGUAUUAUCUAACUGCUGUCUCUUGUUAAAUGUAUUUUUUUUUUUUUGCUAUGACCUUUGGUCAGUGGUUGGUCUUUAACUGUUAAUUAAAGAAAGACCGAUGUCCUUUCUACUGUUGUGGAUGGCAUUCUAUCUCCUGUGAUUUCGAAUUUAGUACAAGUAGUUGAUCUGAUCCUCUGACUAUUAUUUUGCUGGACUGUUGUAUGUCCAUUUUCGUUUUUUGUACUGGGCUUUUGUUCUUAGGCCAUGAUCAACCCACAGUUACUUUGUAUCAGUUUUCUUUUGUGUUGUAUCCCAGGGAACAGAGAAAUGAGGUCAAUAUUAAAAUUUGACCACCUUCCAUGACGGCUACUUGGUAUCGCAACAGACCGUGAAGACGCCAAAAUUUAUAUUUGGUGUCAAUUUUACUAAUCUGUUCCCUAGGGUGAUGGUGUGGUUUGUUUUGUUCUAUUGAGAUAUAUUUUUCUAUGGUUGGAUGAGGAAGAAAGACAUGAACUGAGAGAUAUAAAAGUAAAUUAAAAUAUUGGUGCAUUGUAUCUCCUUUUGGUAGUACCAUUCCAUCGUUACUGAAAAAAAAAGUUGCUUUUUCCGGCAAAACUAUAUAACAUUUUGGGAGUGCUUUUAAUUACCAUGUAAUGUGGGUGCAACUGAAGCAGCAAAGUGCAUUACCAUGGAAACUGAAACUUUCCAUUUUUCAGCUUUUCCAUCAUUCCUCUUUGUUCUCAUACAUGUCAUUACCUUAGUUUAUCAUGGCAUAAUUUUUUGCCAGAGCCUUCUUUACAGAUGCUAUGAACUUUGUGUCUCCCAGAUAGGUCUACUAACUUGAUUCAACCUGAGAAAGAUUAUUUUGUUUCUAGAUCAGGGUAAAGUAGUUCUUAAAAACUUUUCGUUACAUUGUGUAACAGUCACUUCAUCUUGUUGACAAAAGUGUGAUUGGCAUUUAAAUUGACAGUCUAAUUCUUCAUUAUAAUGUAUAUUACAUAUUAUGGAUAAUUUAAAAAUUGCAAAUAAAAUAAGUGUGAGGUAAAAUA